AUGAACUUAAAACAGGAUCCAGCUUACAAAAAACUGCAAGACUUUUUUAACACAAAUGCUGAAAAAAUCAAUAUUCUUCAACUUUUUCAACAAGACGCCGACCGCUUCAAAAAGUUCAGUCUCAGACUUCAAACACCCAAUGAUGGAGACAUCUUGCUGGAUUACUCAAAGAACCGUGUUGAUGCCACAGCUUUCGACCUCCUCCUAAAUCUGGCUAAAAGUCGUGGCGUCGAGCAAGCUAGAGAUGCUAUGUUUUCAGGUGAAAAGAUAAACUUCACGGAGAACCGUGCGGUGUUGCACGUAGCUCUGCGCAACCGUCAAAACAAACCGAUUUUGGUAAAUGGGGCGGAUGUCACACCUGACGUGAAUGCUGUCCUUGCUCAUAUGAAGGAGUUUUCUCAACAAGUCAUAGGCGGUCAGUGGAAGGGAUACACUGGAAAACCAAUCACUGACGUCAUCAAUAUCGGUAUUGGGGGCUCUGAUCUCGGCCCUUUGAUGGUGACGGAGGCUUUGAAACCUUACGCUAAUCACCUUAAGGUGCAUUUCGUGUCGAAUAUUGACGGCACUCAUCUCGCAGAAGUACUGAAACGUCUAAAUCCAGAAACGGCGCUGUUCAUCAUAGCCUCAAAGACCUUCACUACGCAGGAAACCAUUACCAACGCUACUUCUGCAAAGAACUGGUUCUUAGAUGUGGCUAAAGAUCCAUCGGCGGUAGCGAAGCAUUUUGUAGCACUCUCCACUAACGCUGAGAAGGUGACCGCCUUCGGUAUAGACUCUAAGAACAUGUUCGGCUUCUGGGAUUGGGUUGGUGGAAGAUAUUCCUUGUGGUCGGCCAUCGGCCUGUCCAUUUCACUAUAUAUCGGAUAUGAUAACUUCGAGAAGCUGCUAGAAGGUGCCAACUACAUGGACCAACAUUUCACCACAGCACCUUUGGAGAAAAACGCGCCAGUUAUCCUAGCGUUACUCGGUAUCUGGUACCACAACUUCUACGGAGCGGAGACACAUGCCCUUUUGCCAUACGAUCAAUAUUUACACAGAUUCGCAGCAUACUUCCAGCAGGGAGACAUGGAGAGUAACGGCAAGUACGUGACGCGGGAAGGUCAACAGGCAGACUACUCCACCGGACCCAUUGUCUGGGGGGAGCCGGGGACCAAUGGACAACACGCCUUCUACCAACUGAUACACCAAGGAACUAGAUUGAUCCCGUGCGAUUUCAUAGCGCCGGCGCAGUCGCAUAAUCCCAUCUCGAACGGAGUGCAUCACAAAAUCCUGUUGGCCAAUUUCCUGGCGCAAACGGAAGCCCUAAUGAAGGGAAAAACCUCUGAAGAGGCUAAAGCGGAGUUAGAAAAAUCUGGAAUGGCGCCAGAAUCCAUCGCAAAGAUUCUACCUCACAAGGUGUUCCUGGGCAAUCGUCCAACCAACUCUAUCGUGGUGAAGAAACUUACGCCGUUCACUCUUGGAGCGCUCAUCGCUAUGUAUGAGCAUAAGAUCUUCACACAAGGUGUGGUCUGGGACAUCAACUCCUUCGACCAGUGGGGAGUAGAGCUGGGCAAACAACUGGCCAAAGCCAUCGAGCCUGAACUGCAAGACAACAAGCCAGUAUCCUCCCACGAUGCGUCCACUAACGGACUGAUCAAUUUCUUAAAAGAAAACUUUGCUUAA